AUCUUGACACUGCUUUCAGACUAGUAGGGAUAAGGAAAUAGUGAUCCAAUGGGGCCAGAUUUCUCAGCUCUUCUCCCUCAGAGGCAGAAAGGUGUCCUGGGAUAAGCACAAGGUGCUCAGCCACUGCGGGCAGGGCAGGGCCUCUUUCGAGGGCUGAUCCCAGGGCGCGAUGGUUUCCCAGGUGACCGACUCUUAGGAGGGGAGGGGCUAGGGCCCGAUUCCCACAGCCAGGCUUCCCCAAGAAGAGGCCAGGGAUCCCGCACCCUGAAGGGAUUGCCCAUAGUAGGCCACCAAAGGACAGCGCAAUUCCUGUGUGGGGACAUAGGCAGAAAGGGGCGGGGUAUCGAUGUCAGCAGAGGGGCUUGGUGGGCGUGGCUCUGGUCCAGAGCAACCAGGCGUCUCCCAGGAAAUCUAGCGCUCUGACCUGCGGGCGGUCCGGCCUGUAGGUCUGAUCAGGGGACCACGACCCACCACGCAGGCCAUGCCCGGGGACUCCCCAGCAUUGUGGGAGCUGGUGGAGGAGCAUGUUCCACUCCCGGAGCGGCCUGAAGUGAAGAGGAUUCUGGGAGAGGCCGCAGUGGACCUGAGCCUGGAGUUGCGAGAGGAGCUCUCCUUACAGGUGGCGAUGCUAAAGGCGCUGCUCCAAGACCUCCAGUCUUCUCAAGUCUCUGACUCUCCCUCCCUACUGGCACCACCCCCCCUCCUGAGGGACCUCAUGCGCCAAGAACUCCGACAGUUGCUCCAAGGCCUCCGCCUUAAGGCUAUCAGUGAGGGCAGGGACCAGACCCAGAUGUGGGCCCAGUAUAGUCCCAGGGUCCUUCGCUUUGCCCUAGAGGAGCCCAGGUCUGAGUCAACACAACAGGAUCCAUUCCCGAUGAGAGCUGGUGAGCCCAGGACUGGAAUGAGCAGUACAGAGAGGGUGACGCUAACCUCACCUGUCAGCAGCUGCCCCAGGGACCUCACCGUCAUCAAGGACCAACUGAAUGUGUCUAACAUUGACCAGGUUGUCAGACACCUGAGAAGCCUCCUGGAGGAGGAGUGUCACAUGUUGCAGAAAGAGAUCGCUCACCUGCAGGCAGGGCCACUGAAACAGCUCUCUCCACAGCACUGUCUGGAAAUGGAGCAGAUGCAGGUUCACCAGCCCUCCAAGGAAGCCCUAAUGCCCACCCUGGGAGAGAUAAAGGAUCAGAAGAAGGCAAUGGAACAGGAGCUACAGAUCUCUCUGGGGCCUUCCUAUUCAGCUGCCAAGCACAGGCAGAAGUCUUUGAGGCCAUCCAUUCCCGGCCCUAGACCCCUUCCUUGUCUCCAUGGCUACAUGCCUACACCUCCUUCGGAGCGCUGCCCCCACCCUCAAGGUCAGGCAAGCACCCGCCGCUGGGGCCGGCAACUUCGGUACAGCUAUUGCAAAGAGACAGCUUCCACAUCAGUUUCCAGUGCAGCAUCCCAGGCACCGACCUGAAGGGCUGCUCACAAAACAGGCUUCUGCUUCUGCUGAGACUCGCCCAUCUGUUGUUGCUUCCAGCUGCCACAGCUCCGUUUCUGCUCCAUUCUCGGAUGAGCUCACAUGUCCCCGCCAUCCCCCCACUCCCCCAAGCUGUGUGUUGAUCUGGUCCCGGCCCCACCCCUUUCUGCUUUCUAGAACGGAGUGUCAGGACACCUAUUCUAACUAUCAAAGCCUUUGGCCCCUUCUCCUCCACACAAGCCUCCACAGAGGCUUGGAGGACAGAGGUCCCAUCCCAGCUCGACUUUUGUCCCCUAGGGACCCAGACAAAGCACAUCAGCAGCUCAGAGACAGGAAUAGAAAUUUCAUUAAAACCUACGGACUUUAAAA